AAUGGAGCAAGCAGAGGUUAUCCAACUGAACCCUUUUCUCAAAUUUCCCACAUCUCCUUUCUCUGCCAUGAAAGAGCGAGGAAACAGAAGGAGGAGAUGGCAAAGUGUUGCUCAAAUAGAGAUUUUCUAAAUUGGGAGGAAACAAAAGCUUCCCCCAUUUGCAAGGGGCAUAUAGUUUUCCAGAGUGCCACUUUCAGAGAGGUCCCUCCCCCCACCUGAUGUCUACCUAAUUGCUAGACUAGGACGCCUAAAUACCAAAAGAUGGGGAGCUGGAGGUGGGACUGAAUUUCUCUCCCCCUCCUUUUCCCCCCUCCACUUAGGCUAACGAGGAACUUUCCUUUGCUGCCAGAGAAAGGAGCACUGCCCUCCGGAGUCAAUCAAAGGGAGGUCGGGGCAUUGGAGGGGGAUAGCUUUGCCAUCCCCUUCCCGGCUUCUUUUUGGGGGAUUAACUAGCAGGAAUGAGUGGGGAAGAGCACGGGGAAGACGCGGCGUCCAGCUUGUUGCUGGAGGACGUACAGAGGAGGCUUCGGAAUGCUUUCGGUAGUAGCAUCUCACCCCGGGACGUCCCGUUGCUACCACCGGAGCCUAGGAAGCAGCAACAGGAGCAGCCGCAGCAGCCCUGGGAAAGUUUUAGGAGCCGGGCCACUGCCGUGCGGGAGGAGCUUCGUAGGGCGGCCAUAGAAGGAGCCAUCUCUUGGCUACGAGCAGAACUGUUGGAGAUGCGCUUUCAGAACCGGCAACUUGCCAGAACUUUUGUGGAUUUAAACUUGGAAAUGCAGCGAUUGAAGAUUGAAAAUGAAUUGUUCAUAGCUUCUGAAUGUCCAACCUUUGGAAAGAGCACUGUAAGCUCAGAAUAAUAAACUAUAUGUUGGAAGACAUAAAGUCCAAAGAGAAAAUAUUUUUUCCCACAAACAAAUCUAACACAAAUAUCAUGAACAGGAUGCACAAGCUUCUGAGGUAAAUUCUGUAGAAGAAUACAACUAGGUAUCAUGGGGAAAUGAAAGGAAAAAGAAAAUCAGUAGUUAACAACAAAAAUGUUGUCUGUAUACAUUUUGAAAGGUUUCAUGGGAAAUAGAAAAGAAAAGAAUAUGGUCCAUAUAUGGGGUUGUUUGACUGUUUUCCCCCAAGCAUCCCCUUCUGGUUUCAUUCAUCUUUUACUUCACACUUCACAUAUUGGAGAGUCUAAAUAUUUCCUUUGAUUGGAUGAAAACAUUUAAAAUACAUCUUUUAGAACACUGCAUACAUUUCUAUUAUUAUAGAAUUUUUCUUUUUGAUUAAAAAGGAUUAAAUAGUUUUAAAAGUUGAAAAAUCAGAAGUCUAUAAACUUAAGCACUCCUGCCUAUUAAAAACCAUACACACAUCAAUAAACAAAAACCAUUAGCCCACUUAGAAUAUUUGUUACUUAAACACUGAUUGAUAAUAAAAAUAAUGUUUUAUGGUCAUGUAAAACAGAUCUGGCUCACUUAUCUAUCUUUUUCUUCCUUCCUUCCUUCCUUCCUUCCUUUUUUCCUUUCUU